AUGGGGAUUUUCUUCAAGCGGCAAAGCACCGAUGAGAAGGGGUUUGACUCCCCUCCCGUCCAGGAUGCUGCGGCACCUGGGUAUGCCAUUGAGGAGGGCAUUGUCGAUGAAGCCCAGGAUGACCUGCACCACAUGAUGGCCAUCGCUGGUGCCAUCGGAACAGGUCUCAUCAUUGGUACCGGUACUGCACUUAAGUUUGGUCCUGGAUCAUUGCUUAUUGGUUACGUUCUCAUGGGUUUCGUUGUCUACGUUGUGAUGGUUGCCCUCGGUGAGAUGGGCGCCUGGCUUCCACACAAGAAGAGCUUCUCCGGCUAUGCUACGCGCUUCGUUGACCCGGCCAUGGGUUUCGCCACAGGCUGGAACUACUUCUUUAAGUAUGUCAUUGUGUUACCGAACAACCUUACAGCGACCGGUAUCAUCCUCCAAUACUGGCUACCAAACAUCAACGUCUCGGUAUGGAUCGUAGUUUUCGGUGUCGUUAUCAUCGUUCUGAAUCUCAUCCACGUCUCAUUCUUUGGUGAAGCUGAGUUCUGGAUGUCAUUGUGCAAGGCCUUGGUCAUCCUGACCCUGAUCCUGCUCUGCUUCAUCAUCUCCCUUGGUGGUGGCCCAAACCACGUCAGGUCCGGCUUCUCUUACUGGAGGGAUCCUGGCGCUUUCGGGCAGUACUUUGUUACCCUGAACGGCGAAACCCACACCAUCGAGGGUGCCACUGGCAGGUUUGUCGGUGUCUGGGCCUGCAUCGUCCAGGCUACCUUCGCUUAUCUGGGUACCGAGCUGGUUGGUGUGGCCUUUGGCGAGACUCCCAACCCUCGCAAGAACGUUCCUCGCGCCGUCAACCAGACCCUGCUCCGCAUCGUUUUCUUCUAUGUUGCUGGUGUCCUGGUCCUUGGCAUGGCUGUUCCGUACAACAGUCCUGAGCUCCUGCAGGCCACUAAACAGCGCACCAGCGGCCUUGCUUCUCCGUUCACCGUUGCUGCCAAACGCUCUGGUAUCGACAAACUUGGCGACGCAGUCAACGGCAUGCUGCUCAUUUUCACCCUCAGCGCCGCCAACUCGGAUAUCUAUCUCGCCUCGCGCAGUGUCUGGGCUCUUGCCAAGGAUGGCCAGGCCCCGAGCAUCAUGAAGCGCACCAACAAGCGCGGUGUGCCCAUCCCCGCCGUCAUCCUGUCUUCCGUCUUCAUCGUCCUGGGCUUCAUGAACGCCACCAAGAGCGCAGCAACCGUCUUUGGGUACUUCGUCUCGCUCGUCACCGUGUUCGGUGCCCUCAACUGGAUCGCUGUCCUCUUUAGCUACCUCUCCAUGAUCCGUGCCAUGAAGGUGCAGAAUAUCCCGCGUUCAGUCAUGCCUUAUCGGAAUAUCCUGCUGCCGUGGGGCGCGUGGAUCGCGCUGUUCAUCACCAUCUUGGUCAUCCUCUUCAGCGGGUACUCGGCAUUUAUCCCGCACUUCCAGGUGGAUAAGUUUAUGACCAGUUACAUUGGCAUUCCGGUGUACAUUAUCAACAUCUUGUGGUGGAAGUGGGCGAAGAAGACAAAGAGGGUAAAGCCGGAGGAGAUGGACCUGGUGACGGGCCGGAGGUCAUGA